AUGAAUAGAAAUCCGAAACCUCCUAGUAAAAGUGGUGCAUUAUCACCUUCUGUAUCAACUAAGCCCAAAUUAACAAGUUGGGCUCAGGCGGCUACAAAAGCAGCACCUAAUCGAAUAACCACACAAACGAAAAGUCCACAUCUUCAAUUAUCGACUUCAAUAGAUGUAUUAAAGGAAGGACCAUCAAAUGGACCUGCUACACAAAUGAAGAAAUCAAACCGUAAACCAAACAAAGUUCACUAUAACAGAACUGAAGUACAAACUUUCAUGAAUAAUUUAUAUCAAAACUAUCUCCAAGACUCCUCUCUAACCAUAUAUGAUGAUCUAGAAAAUAGUUCAAAUAAUGUUUCCAGCUGGGAUUCAUACUCGUCAACUAAAAGUAGGAAUAAAAAAUAUGGCUGUUUAGCAGAAGUAGCCGCUGCUUUAAAAAAUAUAAAGUAA